GCCUCAGGCUGAGGCGAGCGGUGGCGCGUGAACGGUUGGUCCGGUUCUGGGCUCGCGGCUCGGCUGCCCUGUUUGGUCCUCUCGAAGACUAGCGGGCGGGAAGGCAUGGCUCGGACGCCCACGCCGGGCAGCAGGAGGCUGAGUGGGCUCCCUGUGCCUAGCCCCGGCCUGCUGCCCAGUGCCGGGCGUCCUCCGAAUAAGCGAGCCCGGUCUUUCCCCGCUGUGGUCACCUCGGACCCCGAAGACCCGUUCGGCGCGCACGAGGAUUUCACUGAAGACGACCUGGAAGAGCUUGACACGCUCGCGUCACAGGCUCUGAGCCAGGGUCCGGCCGCGCCUCGGGACGUGUCCAACGCUCAGAAGGUCCCCAGAUUAGAUGGAAUGUUAAAAAAUUCUUCAGGGAAAUACAGAGAAAAUGUUCAAGUUAAAGAUAAUUUUGAGUUAGAGGUACUUCAAACACAAUAUAAAGAACUUAAAGAGAAGGUGAAGGCAAUGGAAGAAGAAGUCCUCAUUAAAAAUGGGGAAAUUAAAAUUUUGCGGGACUCACUGCAUCAGACAGAAUCCAUCCUGGAGGAACAAAGAAAAUCUCAUUUCCUUCUUGAACAAGAGAAAGCCCAAGCACUCAAUGACAAAGAAAAGGAAUUCUCCAGAAAGCUCCAGUCAUUGCAGUCUGAACUCCAGUUUAAAGAUGCAGAGAUGAAUGAAUUAAGGACAAAGCUUCAGAGCUGUGAACGGACAAAUAAACUCUCUGUUCCCUCUGUUUCUCAUGUCAGCCCUAGGAAAAGCCCUUCUGUGAUUGUAAAACCAGAAGCAAGUUCUCCACAGUUUGGAAAACCAUCUUUCCCCACAAAGGAGUCUUUUACUGCUAACAUGUCCCUUCUGCAUUCCUGCCAGACAGAGCCUGGAUGCAAGUCCCUAGUGGGCAGAGAGGUUUCAGAGAGUAAAGUGCAUAAUUCAGGAAUUGACCCAAUGAAGCAAGAAGAGUUCAAGAAGAGUUUAGUUGAUAGCUGGAUACAGAGAUCAAAUACUCAAGGUUCCAUUUUGAUAAACCUUCUCUUGAAACAACCUUUGAUCCCAGGAUUACCCCUCGGUCUGUGCCACCUCCUGAGUAGUUGUUCUGAAGCUCCUGUUGGCACCCUGUUGCAGGCAACAGGCUUUGGCAGUACCUUGACUGGGAUUUCAGGCCUGAGGACUGCAGGUUCUCGUGAAGGGUCCUUUUCUCUGUCGGCCCUAAGAGAAGCACAGAAUCUGGCGCUCACUGGACUGAAUCUGGUUGCCAGAAAUGAAGGUUCCGGUGAUGGAAACCCAGCAGAGGACGGCACAAGGCCCUUCCCUCUCAGCCAGCUUCCUGGAGCUGUGCAUCUCCUCCCCCUGGUACAGUUCUUUGUUGGCUUACACUGCCAGGCUCUGCAGGAUUUGGCAGCAGCCAAAAGAAGCGGAGCACCUGGGGAUUCCCCAGCACAUUCCUCCCGUGGGAGUCCUGGGGUAGAGGCCAGCCCUGAGGACUCACCUUUCAACCUGGAAGGCUUCUCUGUGGCAUCACUUAGCAUCCUUCAGCACCUGGUGUGCCACAGUGGAGCAGUCGUCCACUUGUUGCUAUCAGGAGUGGGGGUGGAUUCUGCUGCUAGAAAAGGAAGCCAGAACAUGGCUCAGAGACAUGAACAUGGGGAUGUGACUUUGGCCCCAGGGGGGCUUGCUGAUGACCAAGAUCAACAUCCACUAUUGAGGAUGCUUCUUCACCUGUUGACUUUCUCUUCUGCUGCAACAGGUCACCCUCAAGCCAGUGUCCUUAGCCAGUGCCUUAAGGUGUUGGUGAAAUUAGCUGAAAAUGCUUCCUUUGAUUUCUUGCCCAGAGCCUCAAGACUCAGCCUAUCCCCUCAUCUGGUGAUCCAGUUUCGCUCGCAGCACUCCCAGCAAGAGGCCAGUUCCUGUGUUGCGGUGACUCCACUAACUGCACAUAAGUGUGCCCUUUUUGGGAGGAGGCCUCACAUUUUGCACUGCUCUAAAAUCAUUCCUGGCAGUACUCAGCAGAUAUGUGAUGCUGGGGAUCACACCCAGGUUUACUGCAUGCAAAUAUGCACUCCAGGCCUUUGAGCUGUCUUCCAGUCCUGUAAGUAUUGUUGUAUCAGGACUAGGAAGAUAGCUCAGCAGGCCGAGUGCUUGCCAGACAUGCUGGAGGCCAGGGGCCUAUUCCUAACACUGUUGGUCCCCCAAGCACAGCUGGGUAUGGCACCAAAACUAAAGUCCUUCUUUCAAGCUGAGCAUUCCUGUUUACUAAAAACACUUCCGAAACCUAUUUCCAGUUUGAAUAUGUUCUGGCUCGUCAGGCCCAUCAUGCUGUUGGUGCUCAAAACUAGCCAGUCUCCUUCCGCUCUAUGGGUGGGCUAUAUGGUGAAUAUAGAACCAUCACCCAGGUGUACAGCUCAAGGUGAAAGUGUAUAUCAUAAUAGAUGAAUGAAGCUCCAAAAAUCUUGUUUUUUACCAGUACUCUGAGUGAUAGCACAGCGAUUGGGCAUUUGCCUUUCACACAGCCGACCCAAGUUCGAUUCCUCCGCCCCUCUCGGAGAGCCCGGCAAGCUACCAAGAAUAUCUUGCCCGCACGGCAGAGCCUGGCAAGCUACCCGUGCGGAUUUGUUAUGCCAAAAACAGUAACAAUAAGUCUCUCAAUGAGAGACGUUACUGGUGCCCGCUCGAACAAAUCGAUGAGCAACGGGAUAACAGUGACAGUGACUCAGUAAAUAUCUCAUCCUUGCUCUCCUAUUGUGCUAGUCUGCAAGGAUGUGGGCAAAAAAAAAAAAAAAAAAAAGCCCCAAACACCCAGCCUUUUAAUUGGUGCUUUCUGUAGCCCAGGCACAGGCCUUAUGUUACCCACAGAGCCCUCUAGUCUCUUACCAUAGCAGAGGACAUAGCCCAUAGAAGCCAAAGCUCAGUAUUUGUUCAGCGAAUGAACCAUCUGUCGAGGUAAGAAAACUUACUGAAACACAGGAAGGAGUGUCCUGGGUGGGUUUAAAGCUUACUAGUCGUUUUUGUUUGUUUUGUUUUGGGGCCACACUGGGCAGUGUUCAAAGGUUGCUCCUGGUUCUGCACUCAGGGAUCGCUCCUGGCAGGGCUCGAGAACAUAUGGGGGUGUCAGAGAUCGAACCCACAUAGACCGCACACAAGGCAACUGCCUUACCUGCUUUACUAUUGCUCUGCCCCCCUCAGGGCAUCACUUCCUACUCAGUGCUCUCCAGAAUUCCUUCAUGCUUGCAAGCUGAACCCCGAGCACACAGCUUCCACUUCCUAUACCCCAGAAAGAAGAGCUAAGGAAGAAUGGGUACUGCCAGGUUCCAGAGCAGUCUGCACUGCAGUGUGUGCAGCCAAGCAGGCAGUAGAGCAAAUCACCCCCUGUAUCUUACCGCAUCUGUGGUAGCACAGUGCCAGCCUUGUCCCCCACAGACUAUGGCAGAGACCAGCAAUUGGAUCUCAACUACAACCAGGGUAACAACUAUUACUGUUAAGAAAAUAUUAGAAAUUGGAGAAAUAGUAUAGUGGAUUUGCCUUACAUGUAGUCGGCCCAGUUCUAUCCCUUGCCCCCCACAUAGACCCCCAGCUCCCACCAGGAGUAAGCCUGAGCAAAGUAGUGUGUCGCCCAAAGACAAAAAAAAUUUAGUGAUUUAGUGUUGGGGGAAUGUGCUUCAGUGGUACGGAACUUGCUUUGCAUAUAUGAGGCUCUGGGUUUGAUUUCUGGCACAGCAUGAUCCCCGAGUACCACUGUAUAUGCCCCCUCUAGAGAAGGAAAAACUUUACAAGAAGGUUCUGGUGUUAAUCAAAAGAUGGUUUUGAGGGGCCAGGAUACAGUUCAGAGGUUAAGGCACUUGCCUUGCACACAGCCAACCCUGAUUGAAUCCCUGGUACUGCAUACAGUUCUCUGAGCACUGACCAGAGGAAGCCCUGAGUGCCAUCAGGUCUUGAUCCAAACCCCCAUCCAAAAAACAUUUAAGGGUCAGAGAUGGCUUAAUUGGCAAGAGCACAUGCUUUGCAUCAUAGAGACCCAGGUUCCAUUUCGGGCACUGCAUAUCAUCCUCUGAGCACAAAUAGGUGUCCAAAAAAUACAAAUAUUUGAAACCACUGUGUUUAUAAAAAGAUGGUUUUUUAUUGCAGGUAAUUUCAAGGAUUUCAGUGCACUAAUUGGGAGCCUCUGUAAUGAAAUUGGGUUAACAACUAAGUCAAUUCCAGUUCCUUACCAAACUCCACACUCCCUGGUGACGCUCAGCUGCAUGUCUGUGAGACAGCACUUGCUCUAAAGUCAGGUCGCCUGAAUAAAGAGGCCUUGGGCUGGGGAUGCGAUUCAGUGAUGGAGUGUAUCCUCCACUUGUGUGAGCCCCUGCGUUAGAUCCUUGGCACCAAUAUUAACGAGAAUCAUAAUAACAAAUGAUGUGACCUACUUUGCUUCCUGAUAGUGUGCUAAGGAACUUUAAAGUUUUAGUGAUGCCAGAUGGAGCAAGCGUUGUAUUGUUGAACCACCUCACCACCAACAGUGAGAAAUAAGUUUGUUUUGUGCAGUUUCAAAAUCCAGAGUCAGGCCUCACACAGGAUGCAGAGCAAAUGUUCUGUUGAUAAGUCAUAUCCCAGCCCUCCAUGAGAAAUGCUGAUGUUCUCCCAAGCAGUGGUUAGGAGGCCUGUGGGCCCCACUGUCAGUUCUCCAACCAUCCACUCAGUGCAAGGCCGGAGGAGCUGUGUUGCCUGGGGUACCUGCCACCCCACAGUGCCAGGUGCUUCUGGUGAUGCUAGGCAUGUGCCCUAACCUCUGGACUGGCUCCUGGCCUCAAAAGAAUACUUUUAACCUUCAGCACUGUAUGUGUAGACUGCAGAAUUGUGACAUAGGACGUGUUAGAUUUAACCCUCUCCUCUCCCCAGCUACCAGACACUGGUUGUCUUAGGAUUUUAUUGCUUGGUAAUAGUUAACCCUUUGCCCAGAGCCCCCAUCCUUAUGGGCACCCCAAGUAAAUAUUUUACUGUCAGUAGAACUGGUAUUUUCUGACAGGUGGGGGGAAAAAAGCCUUCCUGAGUGAUCUCACAAGAUCCCAUCAGGGCCAUACAUUGUCAUUCUGGAGCAGGGCUAGUCCUUUGGUGAUGGGCACAGGGCAUGUCUUGUGCCAGUCAGGGAACAGAGUCAGCGAGGAGUCCAGCACUGGGGAGGCCAGGCUCGCCCAGGCCCUGGGUAUCAGGUCUAAGCCACAACAGCCCACAGUGAUGCACAGUAUUCCAGUGAGGCCAGUGUCACAACCAAUCAGGGGUGAUCUGCUGACACUUGUCCCAACCGGUGUGAACCCACAAGGCUCCCCUGCGAGAAUCUGACCUGCUAACCAGUAUCCUGCUAAUCAGUGGAACGCGAGGGGCUUAGACAGUAGGCUUGGGAGUGUCAUGUCUCUCUGGGUCCCUGUGACAUAGGUUCCAGUGUGUGUUCCCAGUGCUACCACGGUGCCUCAGCCCAGACACGCCUCUGCCCAGCGUGCUUCUGGCCGUGGAGCUGCUCUCCCUCCUGGUGGACCAUGAGAAGCUCCUGCCUCAGCUCUGCUCCCACU